UUGUUCUCACUCACUCUCGCGAGAUCACACCAUUAUCAAACAUGGCGGCCGCGAUGGAUGUAGACACCCCGAGUGGCGCUAACAGUGGAGCCAGUAAAAAGCGUUUUGAAGUGAAAAAGUGGAAUGCUGUGGCUCUGUGGGCUUGGGACAUUGUGGUGGACAACUGUGCCAUUUGCAGAAAUCACAUUAUGGACCUCUGUAUAGAGUGCCAGGCCAAUCAGGCGUCAGCUACAUCAGAGGAGUGUACAGUGGCCUGGGGAGUCUGUAAUCAUGCGUUUCAUUUCCACUGCAUCUCUCGCUGGCUGAAGACCAGACAGGUGUGUCCUCUGGACAACAGAGAGUGGGAGUUCCAGAAGUAUGGCCAUUAGCAGCCCAGUGUCUGUGCUUCAGAUCCAGGAUUUUCUUUCCUGAGGAGCAUUUUUGUGUAGACUUCACCAUUCUCUCCUUGUCAAAGGACCCGAUGUUCCACAUUUAAAUUGUUGUGCUAGUUUUUUUAUUUUUAUUUCUGUGUUGUAUGCAGCUCUCUGAGCUGUAAAUUAUAAUUAAAGUCUCUGUAAAUUAAGCUCUA